UAUUAAUUCCCACCACAGAUAAUCAUGCUGAAUAAGGUUUUCCUUAAGUCUUUUCUCUCUAAAGGUCACCCUACUCAAAUUGCUUGAAGGAGGUUCUCUCAGCAAAGCCCUAACAAAAAAGAAGACUUAAGAGAUGCUAAAGCAGAUAGAUUUGCAAGGCAAUUUUUAAAACAAGAUUAUGAAGAUCACCAAAGGCGACAAAAAGAAUCAAAGAAAAGAAGAUUCCCUCUCUUCACUCUCUUAAUGACAGGAGGAGCUACUUUUAUUCAUUACUAUUGGAAUAACUGGAACUUUGAAAGAGCCAAGAGGAAUUUUGUAUUUUCUGAAAUGAAUGCACUGAAUGGGAAUCCUCAGUCAGCUCUGUUCCAACCCCUAAGUUUUGAGGUACCAUAUUAUUAUGUUAUGAAUAUACCUGGCUUGUUUAUUUCAUCAUUCCUUAUUGAAAAAUACUUUGGGAGCAAGAUUCUGUUAGGACUUUACCUUACUAAUUGUCUUGCUUCCUCAAUUAUAACUGUGAUCAACCACAGACGUAUUGGAUUUUCAGAAGUUAGGAAGAGGGGAAGGAUGUCAAAUCAUAAUGGAAACAUUUCUUUAUUCCUAAGCUCAAUCCUCGUAGGAUGAAAUCCUCAAAUGAUCUUGUUUGGAGGAAGUAGCCCAUUCACUACCUUCUAUUUCUAUUAUUUAUGGCUGCUGUACCUUAUCCUCUACUUCACAAGCCAAGUAGCCAGUGAUCCUAAGUUCAGAGUAAGGAACUACAAUGAAAGUCAUAUUGCAGGAGUCGCAGCAGGGUUAGCCCUUGGGUUUAUUCUUAGAAAAAGAAUAGUUUUAAGAUAA